AUGCCUGAUGAACAUAGGCGUAAAAUAGAUACAGAGUGUCUGGAAAGCUGUCACAUGAUCACGGAAGCUCUCAUGACGUCAUCAUCAUCGUCAUCGCCAUCAUCAUCGUUGUCAUCAUUGAGGAACAAUAUAUGCGGAUUGAACUGUCGGAUCAAAUUUUACGCUGGCAAAAGCACCAAUAAUAAUAAUAAUAACAACAACAAAAAUAAUAACAAUAAUAAUAACAGUGACAAUAAUAACAAUGACAACAAUAAUAAAAAUAAUAAUAAUAACGACGAUUAUGAUGAUGAUGGUGGAGUUGGUAUAAGGAAGCCAGUAAAGCUGAAAAGAGAGACCGUUGGUUAUAAAAGAAAUAAAAAUAAUAAAAUAAACAGCAACAACAACAAUAAUAAUAACAACAAUAAGAAUAGCAAGAGUAACAAUGAUGAAAAUGAUGAAGCAUUUUAUCUGCACGACUCGAACGAUUAUAACAGUGAUAAUAAAAGUUCGAAAAAUUUGAAGAAUAAGAAAAAAAAUACAGACGCAAAUUCAAGCGAAAAUGUUAAUAAAAAAAAUGAUGACAAUGAUGAUGAUGAUGAUGACGAUAAUGAUGAUGAUUUUUAUGAUAAGGAGAUAAUUUACGACUACGAUACAAACACCACAUAG